AAACAAGAUGGCGGCGGCGUAUCGGGCGCGGAAGGGGGAGGCGGCCCGGAGCGCCCGCGAGUGAGCCGCGGGGCGGCGAAGGGAGCGCGGGCGGUGGAACUUGCUGCCGCGGCCUUGGAUGGGCUGGGCCCCCCUCGCCGCUCCGCCUCCUCCACACGCGCGGCGGCCGCGGCGAGGGGGACGCGCCGCCCGGGGCCCGGCACCUUCGGGAACCCCCCGCCCCGGAGCCUGCGGCCUGUGCCGCUUCGGCCGCCCGGGGCCCCGUGGAGCCCCCGCCGCCGCGCCGCCCCGCAGACCGGACGCUGAGGGCACUCGGGGUGGGGCGCGCGCUCGGGCAGACGUUUGCGGGGAGGGGGCGCCUGCUUGGCCCCGGCGACCACCGCGGGGGUCGCGGGUCGGCUCGGGGGGUGCCCAGUGCGGGCCCUCGCGGGCGCCGGGCAGCAACCAGCCCUGAGCGGAGCUGUUGGCCGCGGCGGGAGGCUGCCCGGACGCCCCCACCCCCCCGAACGCUCGCCCGGGCCGUCGAGAGUCGGCGCCCCCCGGGAGGUCCGCUCGGUAGUCCGCGGCGGAGCGUUUGCGGCUGGGACAGGCGGCGGGACCCGGGCGUCGCCGGAGACACCCCCAGCGAAGUUGGGCUCUCCAGGUGUGGGGGUCCCGGGGGGCAGCGACGUCGCGGACCCCGCCUGUGGGAUGGGCGGCCCGGAGAAGACCGCGCUUGGCCGUGUUCACGCUUGUCCGUGGGCCUGAGGUCCCCGGAGGAUGACCUAGCACUGAGAAGCCCCGGCCGGCCUCCCCAGGGCCUCCGAGGACGAAGUUGACCCCGACCGGGCCGUUCCCCAGUACCGAGGCCCGGGUCCCACUGCAACUCGCGUCUGAGCCGCCGUCCCGGACGCCCGGUGCCCGCGGGUCUGCAGACCCUGCACCGGGCUCGGACUCGCAGCCGGGACUGACGUGUAGGACAAUCGUUUCUGUUGGAAGAAGGGUUUUUCCCUUCCUUUUGGGGUUUUUGUUGCCUUUUUUUCUUUCUUUUUUCUUUGUAAAAUUUUGGAGAAGGGAAGUCGGAACACAAGGACCGCUCACCCGCGGACUCAGGGCUGGCGGCGGGACUCCAGGACCCUGGGUCCAGCAUGGAGGUGGUGGACCCGCAGCAGCUGGGCAUGUUCACGGAGGGCGAGCUGAUGUCGGUGGGCAUGGACACGUUCAUCCACCGCAUCGACUCCACCGAGGUCAUCUACCAGCCGCGCCGCAAGCGGGCCAAGCUCAUUGGCAAGUACCUGAUGGGGGACCUGCUGGGGGAAGGCUCUUACGGCAAGGUGAAGGAGGUGCUGGACUCGCAGACGCUGUGCAGGAGGGCCGUCAAGAUCCUCAAGAAGAAGAAGUUACGAAGGAUCCCCAACGGGGAGGCCAACGUGAAGAAGGAAAUUCAACUACUGAGGAGGUUACGGCACAAAAAUGUCAUCCAGCUGGUGGACGUGUUAUAUAAUGAAGAGAAGCAGAAAAUGUAUAUGGUGAUGGAGUACUGCGUGUGUGGCAUGCAGGAGAUGCUGGACAGCGUGCCAGAGAAGCGUUUCCCGGUGUGCCAGGCCCACGGGUACUUCUGUCAGCUGAUUGAUGGCCUGGAGUACCUGCACAGCCAGGGCAUCGUGCACAAGGACAUCAAGCCCGGGAACCUGCUGCUCACCACCGGGGGCACCCUCAAAAUUUCCGACCUGGGUGUGGCCGAGGCACUGCACCCGUUCGCGGCGGACGACACCUGCCGGACCAGCCAGGGCUCCCCGGCUUUCCAGCCACCCGAGAUUGCCAACGGCCUGGACACCUUCUCCGGCUUCAAGGUGGACAUCUGGUCAGCUGGGGUCACCCUCUACAACAUCACCACGGGUCUGUACCCCUUCGAAGGGGACAACAUCUACAAGCUGUUUGAGAACAUUGGGAAGGGGAGCUACGCCAUCCCGGGUGACUGUGGCCCCCCGCUCUCCGACCUGCUGAAAGGGAUGCUUGAGUACGAGCCGGCCAAGAGGUUCUCCAUCCGGCAGAUCCGGCAGCACAGCUGGUUCCGGAAGAAACACCCUCCGGCCGAGGCGCCGGUGCCCAUCCCGCCGAGCCCGGACACCAAGGACCGGUGGCGCAGCAUGACUGUGGUGCCGUACUUGGAGGACCUGCACGGCGCGGACGAGGACGAGGACCUCUUUGACAUCGAGGACGACAUCAUCUACACUCAGGACUUCACGGUGCCCGGACAGGUCCCAGAAGAGGAGGCCAGUCAGAAUGGACAGAGCCGGGGCCUCCCCAAGGCCGUGUGUAUGAACGGCACAGAGGCGGCGCAGCUGAGCACCAAAUCCAAGGCGGAGGUUAGGGCCCCCAACCCUGCCCGCAAGGCCUGCUCCGCCAGCAGCAAGAUCCGCCGGCUAUCGGCCUGCAAGCAGCAGUGAGGGUGGCCACCUGCAGGAGCCCGAGGGAAGUGGAGAACCGGUACCCAGGCUGACCUCUUCCAUCCUCCCUCCCCGCUGCAGCCCGUGUCCAGGAGCCCCGCCAGGUGCCCGAGCCAGGCCCUCAGUCUUCCUGGCGGUCCCGCCCGCCCUCCCGGAGAGGUGGCUGCCAUGCCUCUGUGCCGACCGCGCCCCAGGACCUCCGGAGCACCCUGCAGGGCCGGGCAGGGGGACAGCAGGGACCGGGCACAGCCCUCCCCUCGGCCGCCCGGCAGUGCACGCUUGUUGACUUUGCAGCCCGGGGCGGAGCCUUCCCGGGCGGGCGAGGGAGGAGGGAGGCGGCCUCGAUGCACUUUACGUGGAGACUACUGGCCCCGCCCGUGGCCUCGUGCUCCGCAGGGCGCCCAGCGCAGUCCCCGCCGCAGACCAGCGGGCGGGUGUGAAGACCAGGCUCCUGGCCCUGCCAUGCAUGCAGCACCGCCCGGAAGCCGCGCGGCCACUUUGGUUUUGUUUGGUUGGUUCCAUUUUCUUUUUCUUUUUUUUUUUUUUUUUAAAAAAAAAUAAAAGGGGGAUUUGGCUGUGGCUGUGAGGGGUGUUUGGGAGCUGCGGGGUGAGGGGGGGGGCCGUGGGGUUGGGCUCACGUCGCAGCUGCCUUUGCGCGCUGGGGUCACCCUGCUUCGGCCGCCUGGUCUGAGGGCAGGACCCCUCACCUCCCCCAAGGCCACUGCGCUCUUGGGACCCCAGAGAAAACUCGGAGCGAGCAGGAGUGUGCAGUCAGUAUUUAUAAUCAUCCAGAAAACAAACACGAGAAACGCCAUCGCGGGAUGGUGCAGACGCGGCGGGGGCUCGGAGGGCGUGGUGUGGGCGAGGGCGCCCGAAUUUGGCAAUAAAUAAAGCUUGGGAAGCUUGGA